GUACUCAAGGCUACAUCGAUUAUUUCAAUCAUUGUGCUAGUUUUCUUGAUAGUCGCAACAUUUAUAGCUCUCUAUUUCUACUUAGCGCGAUACAACAAAUAUUGGCAAAAUCGUGGAGUUUUCUGCGCAGAUGGAGCUCUGCCAGGAGUCGGUCAUAUGUUAUCGGUGCUCUGCAUGAGAACAACUUUUGCCGAGAGCUGUUACAAGAUCUAUCAGAAUAAUCGGAGUCGCAGUAUGGUGGGAGUCUACAACUUUAUGUCGCCGUCGUUGAUGGUCCUCGAGCCGGAGCUGGUGAAGAAGGUAUUGCAGACUAAUUUCACGAGCUUUCAUCAGAACGUUCAGAAAGCCGAUCCUGAUUUGGAUCCUUUGUUGGCGAAUCAUCCUUUUGUUACUUAUGGUGAUAAAUGGAUAACCGGCAGAAAGCGCUUGACCUAUGCAUUUUCCAGCAUGAGACUGAAAAUUCUGUUUGAGAACGUCAAGUUGGUAUGCGUAAUGCUCGAGAACUAUCUAGAUAAAAAAUUGAGUAAAAACGGUAAAGUGGAACUGGAGCUGAAGGAUUUUUGCUCUAGGUAUACCACGCAAAUUGUGGCUGCCACUGGUUUCGGCAUAGACGGAUAUUGCUUCGAUGAUGAAAAUGCAGAUAAGUCCUUCCGAGAAAUUGGCAAGCAGAUUGUAGAGCCUUCUAUGCGGACCGCAAUCAUGGUUAUGCUUAGAAUUCUUGUCCCAUCGUUGAAUAAAUUCUUUAAAGUAAGCAUUAUUCCGAAGCACAUCGAUCAUUUCUUCAGAACGUUGGUCGCGGAUCUCAUGGAACAACGACGAAAAGAUGGAAUACCUAGAAAUGAUUUCCUUCAUUUGAUGGCAGAAUUGGAGCAGAUUGAAGGUGAUAAGAUUGAUCUCGAGAUACUGGCAUCUCAUGCAUUAAUUUUCUUCAUCGACGGCUAUGACACUUCCAGCACUAUUAUGAGCUUCGUUGGUUUUCAAUUAGCCACUCAUCCAAAAGUGCAGGAGAAAUUACGCAAGGAAGUAAUGACUGUACUCGACAAGUACGGUGGUGCGAUGACUUACGAAGGCUUGAAGGAGAUGACAUACAUGGACCAGGUUUUAAAUGAGUCACAGAGAAUCAUAGCCGCAGGAGCAGUCUUGCAAAAAGAAUGUACGGAAGAAUGUGAGCUAAGAGGAUCCGAUGGAUUGAUUUGUUGUGUGCAACCUGGAACAGAGAUUUUAAUACCCGUCCAGGGUCUGCAGGAAGAUCCUCGGUAUUGGAAAAAUCCUGAGGUGUUUGAUCCUGAAAGAUUUAGUCCAGAGAAUAAACAUAACAUUCAGAAAUUCACUUUUCUUCCCUUCGGUGAAGGUCCGCGAAUGUGUGUCGGGAUGAGAAUGGGUCUACUGCAAAUAAAGGCGGGUUUCGUUGCAAUUUUGAGAAAAUACAGCCUGGAACUUUCUCCGAGGACGCAAGUACCCUUGAAAAUGAAAGUCAAUACAAUGUUACCAGCGCCGAAAGGUGGUCUGUGGGUUUUCUUUCGACAGCUUUGAAGUGUAAAAAUCUUCUUUUAAACUGAAGUUAUAAUCAAGAUUAUUAUGUAAAAGUAAAAUAUGUAGCUGAUCUUUUUGUUUAGAAAUAAUUUUUUUAAGUUUC